UUGGACUUUUAUCGCAGUAUAGAUUUGUUGUCCAUCGAUUGAACGUGCAUUUAUCGGAACGUCUCGGACGCAAGUGUGAAAUAUUCCGUUCUAGUGACGAUUCGAAAUUUGUUCUGUGCCGCAUAAGUUAUAAAAGUGAUCGGUGAAUCAUGAAUGCAACAUUCAAAUUGAACACUGGACACAUGAUUCCGAUGAUUGGAUUUGGUACUUAUCAAGUAAACGGUAGCGAUCUGAUUUAUCGAACUCUGGAUUACGCACUAAAGGCUGGAUAUCGUCAUAUUGACACUGCAGUAGUUUAUCGUAACGAGGAGCAUAUUGGAAAUGCUUUGAAAAAGUUGCUCCCAAAGUAUAAUUUGAAACGGGAAGAUAUAUUCAUUACAUCGAAGCUAAUAUCUCAAGUAAACAAAGGCGAGGCAUUCGUGGAGGAACUCGUUCUAAAGUCAUUGGCCAAUUUACAAACAGAAUAUAUUGACCUUUACCUCGUUCAUUGGCCCGGCGUGAGUGGGUUACAAAUAUCCCAUCCAGACAAUGUCAAGUAUCGUAAGUGCACGUGGAAUGUGCUAUCUAGACUACAUCGCGAAGGCAAAUGUCGGUCAAUCGGUGUUUCAAACUAUACCGUCAAGCAUAUUCGAGAACUGUUAGCUGAUUGUAACGGCGUGCGACCAGCUGUUAAUCAGGUUGAAUGGCACCCACACUACUUCCAGCUUGAGCUGUUGGAUCUGUGCCGUUCGGAAGGCAUUUUUCUGCAGGCGUAUUCUUCUCUCGGAACAUCCGGCAGCAGCAGCUUAAGGGAAGAUCCCGUCGUGGCCGACGUAGCAUCACGUCUCGGUCGAUCAUCAGCCCAGGUUUUACUCCGCUGGGCAUUGCAACGUGAGAUUGGUGUACUGCCCAAGGCCCGAUCCCAAGAUCGGAUCGAAGAAAACAUUGCUCUUGACUUUGAAAUCCCAUUGGAAGAUAUGAAACUGCUCGAUGAGCUGAAGAAUACAAGCGGUAUGAAGUACGCUUGGAACCCGGAUGCUGUUGUUUAAUGGACGAAACUCGUUUUAGAGCGUUUCAUUAGCUUAGCUCUUAAUCGCUUUCAUUUAUCACUUGGUGCCUUUGUUAGUGUUGUUAUAUAAUAUUUUCUUUUAAGAGGUGAUCUGUUAACUGUUAAUUACUUAUUAUAACCAAUAAACAUUUAUACAUUUUAUAAA